GACUCCUCACAGAGAAGAUGUUGGAUGGUGAGACACUAGGAUAAAACAGGAUUACUCUCUUGGAUAUUUAAAAAAUUUGAUAAAUUAAGAUUUGAUUGGGAUUUACACCUGAGACCUUGACAGUGAAGAGUGUGUUGGAAAAUGCCGGAAAAAAAAGCGUUUCAGCAGCAGGCCGUAUCCGGCGUUCUGGAGCAGCAGCAGUCCAAGCCUCAGACCCAGAGCGGCCCGAUCCUGUGCCAGAACUGCGGCCAGGCCUGUAAGGGCGAGGUGCUGCGGGUGCAGAACAGACACUUCCACAUCAAGUGCUUCGUCUGCAAAGUGUGUGGCUGUGACCUGGCUCAGGGAGGGUUCUUCGUGCGGCAGGGCGAGUAUAUCUGCACUCUGGACUAUCAGCGUCUCUAUGGCACACGCUGCUUCAGCUGUGAGCAGUUCAUCGAGGGAGAGGUGGUGUCUGCACUUGGGAAGACCUAUCACCCACGAUGCUUUGUGUGUGCUGUUUGCAAACAGCCAUUUCCUGCAGGCGACCGCGUGACGUUUAACGGGAAAGAGUGCAUCUGUCAGAAAUGCACUCAGCCCCUGCCUGCCAACAGCUCAGCACCCGCUCAGGCUGUCCACAAUUGCUGUGGCUGUGGGAAGGAGUUUAAGAAUGAGCAGUCUCUGGUGGCGUUGGAUAAACACUGGCAUUUGGGCUGCUUCAAGUGCAAAGUGUGCAACAAAGUGCUGAAUGCCGAGUACAUUAGCAAGGAUGGAAUUCCAUACUGCGAGAUGGACUACCACGCCAUGUUCGGCAUCCAGUGUGAGAACUGCAAGAAGUACAUCACAGGGAAAGUUCUGGAGGCGGGAGAUAAACAGUACCAUCCCACAUGUGCCAGAUGUGUGCGCUGUGAGAUGAUGUUUGGAGAAGGAGAGGAGAUGUACCUGCAAGGUUCUUCCAUCUGGCACCCUUCCUGCAGACAGGCGGCUCGAAUGGAGGAGAAAAGUAAGGUGACCAGGACGUCCUCUGAGAGCAUCACAUCAGUUCCUGCCUCCAGUGCGUCUGGAUCUCCAAGCAGAGUUAUCUAUGCAAAGCUGGGAGAUGAGUUCCUGGAUUAUAAAGACCUUGCAGCUCUUCCCAAGAUAAAGGCCAUCUAUAACAUUGACAGACCUGACAUGCUUUCAUACUCACCUUACGUCAGCUACCCCACUGAGGACAGGACCUAUGUAGAGUCCCCGCAGUUCCUCACUCCGACUCCGACUGAGGGUGAUGGGGAAAAAUCCCCCCGUCAGAGACGACCCUCCAGCCCCAGCUCUAACAGUUCUCUGGGCGGUUACGGUCGCUACACUCCAUCCCGCUCGCCUCAAACCUACAGCAGACAAGAACAAUACGAGAGCCCUAGGUUCACCCCCCAGCCUGGGAAUUACAACUCGUUACCCGUGUCCGGCAUGGGUCGCUAUUCCGGCCAGGGUAUUCCCAGAGACUCUUCUUCCCUACCCUUGUACUACAGUAGUGGUGGUAGAAAUACCCCACAGACACUUUCCCUGAACCCCACCACCCUGGCCAUGCUCCAACAACACAACUACAUCCCGUACUUCAGAGGUAGCGAAAGUGGUCGUAGCACCCCGAGCCUCUCCACCUACUCCGACGGCAAAUCUCCAUCCUCUACAUACGUGGCCGCGCCUAAGCAUUUCCACAUCCCAGAUAAUAAAGCCAAAGAUAAUAUCUAUAGAAAACCCCCUAUCUACAAACAGCAUGCCUCCAGAACCUCCUGGCAAGACGGGGAUGAUGUGGACAGAAAGACCAGGAUGAGUUGGACGCUUCUGAAGAGUCAGAGUGAUGGACAGUCGCCGGACAUAGACCCCAGGACUUCCACACACAGCCUGCCCACGGACAUGUCUCAGCCCAAUUUCCCCUACAACAAGUCUGCUUCACUCCCAGGCUACGGGCACAAUGGCAUCUACAAGGCGGCUGAUCUCGGAGAGGAUGAACACGACUCCGCCUGGGGUGCAAUGAGAGAGUACAAGGUGUACCCGUAUGACAUGCUGGCGGUGACACACAGAGUGAGGGUGAAGCUGCCGCGUGAUGUGGACCGCACCAGGCUAGAGAGACACCUCUCUCCUGAAGAGUUCUUCCAGGUGUUUGGGAUGACCAUCGCCCAGUUCGACCGCUUGGCUCUGUGGAAGAAAAACGAUCUGAAGAAAAAAGCUCGCCUGUUCUAACCAUCACCAUCAUCACCACCGCCGCCAUGAGUGAUGACUCCGCCCCCCGAGCGAACUGACGAGGAAUUUCUCCUCAAUCCGUCUACGUAUAUAUGCAGAGAUAUGAGAGAGAGUGAAAUAUAUAGAAAUGAAUCUAUAAUACAAAAUAUAUCUACAUACAUCCUCAUGUACGCACACACGUUGUCCCGCUGUCAUAGCGCUGAGGAACGGAGGAGUGUGUCCUAUACGCCGUCACGUCGCAGCCUCAGUGUUAGCCACGCCCGCUUCCUUCUGUGCGAAUGCUACCUUAUAUCUGUUGUGCUGGAGAAGAAAGAUGAUCCCUGUUCCCUCGCUCACCGUUCAGAUAACUGCAAUAAGGGUCUAUACACUCUGUGUGUGUGUGGGUGUGUGUGUGGGUGUGGGUGGGGGUGUGGUUGCUAUGGAAAUCCCUUGAUGUCCGUUUUUAGCCAGUCAUCACUGCGUUUUUUAUUGUUUUUCUCCUCAGUUUCCUGUCACAAUCAUUACGUCACAAUUAUUUAACAAAAAAAAUCAUUUCGGACGACCGACAGAUCGAUCUUGAUAAACAAUUCCUCAUAGUUUUUGCUAACAGUUUAGUAAACGCUGAUUAGCACAUGUCAAAAGGUUUAGAUUUUAUAUUCCGAGUUAGCAUCCUUUCAUUUUAUAUUCCGAGUUAGCAUCCUUUUAUUUAUAUUCAGAGUUAGCAUCCUUUCAUUUUAUAUUCCGAGUUAGCAUCCUUUUAAUUUAUAUCACGAGUUAGCAUCCUUUGACUUAAACUUGGCUACAAUCCUCUAGAAUUAGACAGAAAGGAUUGACGAUGAACUGAGGAAUGUUUUCCUAACUUGUUUCUUAGUUUGUUGAGGAAAAAAAUUCUGAUUCUGAUCUGAAAUUUUAGACCUGACUAAAAUCUCACUCUUAUUUACUUCAUCUUGAUAUUUAGUUGAUUUCAAUCUCCAGACAAAUCUUACAGAAAUGAUUCAAAAAGAGUCAACUUAAAGUGUAAACUGGAAUAAAAACCAACAAAUCUCCACGGUUUAAAAGAGAAACUUUCCGACAUUCGGUUUUUGCACAGCGUUUAGUGAAACUGAAGUAAAAUUCCCACCAAAAUCAUGCUAACGAACCAUAAAAAUGAUCAAGCGCCUCCAUGCUGCCUUCCACUCGAGGUCCAUUAAUUAAAUUAAAAAAUUUAAUUAAAAAAUCUGUCCACUAGGUGGUAGUGCACACUGAACAAGAGAACUGACAAACCCACACUUUAUAAUAAAUAAAUAAAUUAAUUAAUUAAGUAAUUCAAUGUUUCAAUGUUCAAACAAUUCAUGUUUUUAGAAAUGAUUUCCACUUCCUUCUACGAUAUUUUCUGGUCAAAUUUGCUUGUUAAAUCUAUAAAACAGAUUCUGCAGUUUUGAGGAAGAACAUGUACAUCACACAUCGCUCAUCACAGUUAGCUUGUUUGCUAACCAAAAAAACAACAACAUAAAGGUCCGUUUUUUUUUUUUUUAUCCACCUCAAAUGUGGUGGGAAAAAAAAUCACAGAUAUCAUUUUAACCUGCGAAAUCACCUCUGACACGGAAAAUGGAAUGCAUCGUCACAGCACAGGGGUGUGUUUUUCUAUUAGCCACACACAGAACUUUAAAAACGCUUCCAGAGAGAUAAAAAUGCUAAAAUGCUAACGCAGCUCAGCCAAAGCGCCGCAUUAGCUGCUGUAGACGUCGUCUAGAAAGGGUGCCAUUACUUUUGUUCUGAUGGGAUAGUUUGUAUUUUUUUUACUUAUUAUAUGGACUUUAACAUGAAACUGACGAGUUUGAUGAACUUGGUGUGUAAUUGAGAUUAAACUGGACAGUGGGAGUCGUAUCUAAAGCCUUAUAAGGAAAACUUGGCGUUGUGAUGUCAUCACGCGACAGGUCCGGGGCUUUAACAUCGCAGGUUCAGUGUGACAUCGGCGAGUUUGAGUGAGAGCACGGGGCAGAACACGUGUUUCUCUGCUGGUGUAAUGAUUGUGACAGGUUUCUACGUGACGUUUCUACGUGACCUCUGCUACACCUUCAGCACUGAUAUUAUCACUCAUGCUAACUGUUUACUAGCUAAUCACUAGUACGAGUUCAGUCACUCUAACACCUUCUACUGCAUUCAGCCUUUCUUUCUUUCUUUCUUUCUUUCUUUCUUUCUUUCUUUCUUUCUUUCUUUCUUUCUUUCUGUUAUUACUCCUCUUUCUUUC